UCACAGACCAGUCUCACCAGACCAGAUCCUCAUUUCACAUUUCCUGUUAUCACAGGAAGGGAGAUUCCUUCAGACCUGAGACUAGCUUGACCAGGUUCACGAGCACCUUAACAUUCCACAUUCCGUGAGCUGACUGCUAGUCGCCGGAUUCUCCGUUCGUCUACUGUCCGCAUUACCCCCCUGCUACUGCAGCUUGUGCCUGCUAUCUCUCCUUUCACCAUGACAACCGUCGCUGCACGCACCGCUGCCUGCCCAGCUCCCGCGGCAACCCCCAUUUCCCACAGCCGCCAAAGCCGGCCCGCCGCGCGCUGCUCUCUCCGGUUUCCCGGCGCCAAGAGCGGCGCUGAGCAUUCCCUCAGCGCUCAGCUAGCGGCGCCGCUGCGCCAGCAGUCGUGCGCGCAGGCACGGGCUGCCGCGUCAAGGGGUGCGGUGACGGUUGUGGCGAUGGCUGACUCGGCCAAGAAAGUACCGAUUCUGAUCAACGGCGCGCCGGGCAAGAUGGGGCGCGCGGUGGCGCAGGCCGCCAUCUCCGCGGGCGUUCCGAUCGUGCCGUUCGGACUCACGGGGCCGGGGCUGCCCAAGGAGCGGCUGACGUACAACGAUGACGCGUCGCUGUACGUCGACGUGUUCCCCGCCGACGAGCGCGACGCCGUGCUGGCGGAGGCGCGGAAGGAGCACCCGGAUCUGAUCGUCGUGGACUACACGCUGCCCGCAGCUGUUAACAGCAACGCGGAGUGGUACAUCAAGAACAGGGUCCCCUUCGUGAUGGGCACGACGGGCGGUGACCGCGCGAAGCUGGCGGCGGACGUGGAGGCGAGCAAGCUGUGGGCGGUGAUCGCGCCGCAGAUGGGCAAGCAGGUCGUCGCCUUCCUCGCCGCGCUCGAGUCGCUCGCGGAGCAGUGCCCCGGCGCAUAUGCCGGAUACAAGCUCACGGUGGUGGAGUCGCACCAGUCUACUAAGGUGGACACGUCAGGCACGGCCAAGGAGGCCGUCCGGUGCUUCCAGAAGCUCGGAGUCGACUAUGACGUCAGCAAGAUCGAGAUGGUGCGCGACCCGUCGGAGCAGAUGGCGCGCAUGGGCGUGCCGGAGAACUACCUCAACGGCCACGCCUUCCACACCUACCACCUCGACUCGCCCGACAACACUGUGUCGUUUGAGUUCCAGCACAACGUGUGCGGUCGCAGCAUCUAUGCCGAUGGAGCCAUUGAUGCCGUGCUCUUCCUCGCACAAAAGAUCAAGGAGGGAGAUACCAGCAAGACUCUGUUCAACAUGAUCGACGUGCUCAAGGCUGGCAACAUGCGUUGAAACGUUUCAACCUCUUACGGUUUUCACAUGAUAGGCUACACUCUUACGGAUUUUUUCCACUGUUGUGAAUGUUUGUUCCGAAUUUAUAAUAAAAGGAUCACAUGGUUCAGCUGG